UAAUAAUGUUUCAAAACAACAACAUCAACAACAACAACAAUCAACAAAUCAUAUGAAUGAAAAGGAAAAAAUACUUGUUACAAAAUUUGCAAGAUUAGCCGUAUCAAUACAAUUGAUUAAAUCAAAUAUUGAUUGUUAUUUUAAUGAAAAUAUUAUUAUUGGUAAUCAUAUGAUUAAUAAUAUGUCAACAGAAUUUCUAAUGUUUGAUUGUCCAAUCGAUUAUGAUCAAUUGAAUGAUGAUAAUAUUGAUAAUGAUAAUUCAUUUCGUAUUCGUAUUAAUAUUGAACCAAUUCAUGUUAAUGAUAAUGAUAAUAAUCAAAAGCAUUCAAUUGAUAAAAUUGAAAUCUGUGGAUUUCAAGCAUUUUCUAUUGCCAAUGAACAAUGUGGACAGCCAUCUAUUCCUAUUAAUGGUCUGGUUACACAAAUUCAACGUUCAAAUGAUCAUUUGAUUGCCCAAUAUACUUGUAUACAAGGUUAUCGUAUUGCAAAUAUGAAAAAUGAAUUAAAAACUGGAUUAAAUUUUGAUCAUGAUCAUCAAUCAAAUAAUAAUGAUCAAAAAUUUCAAAAUAAUAAAAAUAAAACUGAUAAACAUUUAUCAUCAUCAUCAAUCGAUAAUGAUAUAAUGGAACGAACAUGUAAUCCAAAAAUACAUAGAUGGACACCAGAUUUUAAUGAUGUACUUUGUGUACCAAAAUAUUGGUGCCGUAAUCCACCACCAAUGCCUGAUGCGACAAAAUUUUUAUUUGAAUAUUCAAAAUUAGAUAAUUUGAAUCGUGCUGUUGCCGAUCUAUCAAUGGCUACAUUACGUUGUCUGAUGGUAACACAUAAUGUUAAACCAUAUACUAUAUAUCGAUGUGAUCGAUCAGGUGAAUGGAUUAAAGUUGGUAAAGUUGCUAAUUAUACUGAACCGGAACCGGAUUGUAUACCAUCUAAAUAUCGUACAGGUGUACCACCACCAUCACCAAAUGGACGUUAUUAUCGUGGCUAUAGACGUUAUUAUUAUCAUUAUUAUCCACCACAAUCAUCAAGCAAUAUGAAUACAGUAUUAUGGGGUCAUAAAUUAACUGAUAAUAAAUAUUUAACAUAUUAUGGUGGUGCAGGUAUUGUUAUAUUGUUUUUAGCAUCAUUCAUCAUUCUUAUACAUGUUAGACGUAUGGCUAAAAAAAUGUCAACACAAAUGCGUGAACAAACCUAUAUGAGUAUGGAAAAAUCUAAUAAUGAUGCAUUUAUGUCUAUGGGUAGUGCUAAUCAAAUGGAUACUAAUCCACCUGAUUAUUAUAGUGAAACAAAUUUCUUUGAUGCAAAUACAAUGUAUUCAAGUGAUUUACCACCACCGGCAACGCCAAUAUCAAUGCCAGUUAAUGGUAGUAGCGGUAGUAGUGGUGGUGGUGGUGUUGGUGGAAAAUCAACUAAACAUGAUUUAAGCAGUAAUUUUGAUUCAAUUAAAUUUUAAAUUUGAAACAAAAUUGAAAUGGGGAAAAACCAAUUUGAUGAAAACAAAAAAAACUAUUGAAACAUUCAGCUAAAACAGACCAAAGAUAUUUAAAUUAACCAAAAUUUUAGAAUUGCACCUUGUUUGUUUGUUUGUUUGAUUUAAUCAU